GAUUCGCUGCAGCGAACCACCAGUUUAAUGAGACGGAAGACCACCACGUGGACUUCACCAGCUUGAACCAUGCAUCCUACUCCUCCCUCCUCACGGACGACGAGCUCCAUGAGGACAUUGCGAUCAACAAAGAGCUUUUCCUCAUCAUGCUCCAGGAUCGUGGAGUCCACUCCUUAAUGGACGAGUUGGACAUUCCACCAGAGCGUGCCCACCUCUUCGAGAUCAUCGAUGCAGAUGGCAGCGGUACACUUCAG